UCAAGACUUUGUUGAUGUUUUGUUGAUUGAUUUUGGCCUAAUUUAUUGUAAUCAAUAUAAUCUCUAAUAAAGAUAUAUUAAGCAUGACAAAAACCCAUUAACCCUAAGAAGAAGAAAAUAUAUGUACACUAAACUGUAAUAAUUCUAAAAGGGAAAGCGUUUUAUUCAGAGACAACAAUGUGUAAAUAAUAUUUUAAAAAAUGGGUGCCCCGAAUGCGUCUUUCUACUAUUGUUUGGGAUGUUUAUCACAUAAAGAUGAUAAGUUAAUGCAGUCAUAUACUAUUCAGAACAAGGCCCUCAGAGCAGUAUUUCAGGAGGAUACUCUUAAUUUAUGUUAUAUAUGCGAAAAAGUAGCAGCGCGAAGCGAUCGGUUCAUUAAGAAUGUGCAAAGAAAUCAGAUUUACUUGGAAAACUUCAAAUCUACUCCAGAUUCAACGAUUGAUACAAAACAUAAAUUCCAACCAUUGGUCAAUCUAACGAGUUUAUCAUUGGAGGCUAUCGAGCUGACCAAAGAUAAUGAGGAUCUGGAAAAGCCCAUCUGCAUUAUAUACAGCCGGGAUAGUUUUAAAGUUAAGCUGGAAUUAAAGCAAGAACUGCCCUUGGAACAUUUGGAGGGGGAAUUUAUUGAUGAUAAUGAUUAUCAAGAAUCAUCGAUCAAAGGAGAGGAAUGCCUGUUACAGGAAUUAAAAGAAGAAAACGACCGACCACUAGACGAAGACAUAAACUUAAAACAACUUAGGAAGACUUUGAAGAAGGAGAAACAUAAAAAAAAGACUAAACAGACAUACAAAGAAAACUUUGUACGAGAAAAAAAUGAACAAAUUAUUAAAGUGGUACAUUUAACGAGGGAGCAAAUAAUAAAGGACCGCACGAAGAUGCGAGAGGAUCCAAAGUACAAAAACUUGAAUUAUAAAUGCACGGACUGCAUCAAAGGGUUUAAUUUCAAGGAGACCUAUGAGAGACACAUGUUGUGGCACAGCAAAGUGAUGGGAGAAUACGAAUGCGAUAUUUGCAAAAAGAGAAUGACCACCUUGGAUAAACUACUGGGGCAUAAAAAGUACCAUGAAUUACGGUACAAGUGCAGUGAAUGUGGCCUGACCCGUCUCAGUAGAUUGACUAUAAAAGACCAUUAUACAGCAGUACAUUUGCAUGAUACGUUCCAAUACAGAUGUUCACAUUGCAACAAAGUGUUCAACCGUCAAGUGUCCCUACGAAAGCAUUUGGCAUACAUACAUAGAAGUCAGAAAAGGGCUGAAUGCAAAUACUGUAAGAAGACUUUCGCUAACAAGGAGGGUCUUAAAGGACACAUCAUGCUGAAACACCCCACAGAACUAGCUGGGAGGUCGUUCAAGCAACACAUUUGCAAGGAAUGCGGCGCCGGGUACAAGAAUCCUUCGCAGCUAAAGAAUCAUAUGACCAAGCAUUCUGACAUAAGAGACUUUUACUGCGUCGAAUGCGAUAAAGGUUUCAAAUCGAGCUACGCUUUAAAACAGCAUCUCAAAAUUGCUUCUCCACACGUCAACUAUUUGGAACUCAAACUCCAGUGCGAACAUUGCGAUAAAAGGUUCGGAAUAAAAAGAGACCUCGAGCGACAUCUGAACAGAGUCCAUCUGAAACGCAAACCUUACCAGUGUGAUAGGUGCGAUAAGGCCUACGUAUCGUUAUGGCCUCUGCAGGAACACAAACGGUUCGCACACGAGGGACAUAAACGCCCCUUAAAAUACCCCUGUCCACAGUGCGACAAAGUAUUCGCGCAAAACUCUACCCUUAAGUCGCAUAUCCUCACACACACGGGCGAGAGGCCGUACAUGUGUACAUACUGUCCCGCUAGCUUCAGCCAGAGCAGCGUACUCCGCACUCACGUCAAACUGGUGCAUCUCCGGCUGACGAGGGACGGCCAGCCUAAGAAACACGCCGUCAGCUCUUAGACUACAUUCUUUCAUAAUAAAUGGACUUUGUAAAUAAA